AUGGGGCUACAAGGUCAGCUCAGUGACGUCUCUUCCGAUUCGAUCCCUCUGAUGCUCCUCUCUCUCAUCGCCGUCUUUGUCAACCGUCUCCGAUCUUUCCUCCUCCACCUCUGCGCUUCCAAUUCGAAUCUCCCCGUCGAUGAUGGAUCCAUCAUAGCGUCGGGACUCGCCAACAUCAUCGUGCUCGCCGAUCAGCUGAGCCUGAAUCGGCUCUUCUCGUACCGGUGCGCGGACGAAGGCGGCUCCGAUUGCGUGGUGUGUCUGUCGAAGCUACAGGAAGGAGAAGAGGUGAGGAAGCUCGAAUGUCGACACGUGUUCCACAAGCAGUGCUUGGAAGGAUGGCUCCACCAGCUCAAUUUCACAUGUCCUCUCUGUAGAUCCGCUUUGGUCGCCGACGGUUGCGUCUCGAAAACGCAGCGGCGCGUCGGGAGGGAUUUGAUCUCCUGCUUCUCUCUCCACUGA